CAGCUAAUGGCAUCAAUGUAAAAGUAACACAACAAAAUACAAAAAUAGAACUGAAAAAAAAUAUACCAUAUAUAUUCGAUCGCUGCACAACUCGUCGCCUCUCUAUUGGUAAUUAUCUGCAUCAUAAAUUUGUGUCCAAUUGCACUCGAGGCAUUGAAAAUGGACACGUUUUAAUUGUGGACACCAAGCUCGCUGCAACUCGUCGAAUGUUGCCACAUUUUUAGCACACAGAAUCCUGUUGAAAAUUGCAUUAAUUUAACGCAUGAUUGGCAAUUCCAACGAAUGGAAUGAAACCAUCGCAUCACAUCGCAACGCAUCGUAGGGACCAAAGUGAAAUUAUGCAAAUUGUGUUGCAACUGAAUUUUAUUUAAAGUGAAAUGAAUGAAGCCAGAAAAAUGGCAAAAGCCAUUAUAAUUGGCUGUGCUCUUUGUGGUGCCUUGCUAAUAUUGCUCUUCCGUCAUGGAAUUCCUCGUCGCAGCGAACCAAAUGGGAAUGAAUCAUAUGCACUGAUUGAAGCCGCAACGACAGAGUCGUCUGCUCCUUUGACAUAUUCCCAUAUAUCAGGUGAUGAAUAUGCAGCCAUUGAGCAUGACAUAAAUUCAUCGCGUAAUCAUAUUUUGCUGUUGCAUCGCAAGAAGCGUUAUCUCUUGUUUCCCGAGGGCAGCUCGUUCCAGUUGGUAUUUGAUUUAAUCAUACCGAUAGUGGACUAUACGAAUUUUGCCAUUCUUGGCGUCACUUGUGCUGUGGCCUGGGAGCUGCCCAGCAAGCCACCCAGCGAGCUGCUGCAUGACCUGCGCACUCGUCUAGAUGAUGGCACUCUCGGCACUGUGAGGCGCAACGACAGCGUAGAGCCAGAGCAACUGCAACAGCCACAAUUGCAGCAGCAGUCCGAGACAGUACCUCCAUUGGACAAUGGGGACUACAUUGGAACCGCCACUAAUUGGCAGUCAAUGCAUGCGCAACCAGCAGCAGAAGCAUCAACAUCGACAUAUGCAACCAAUGCACAUAGAUAUUCAGAGUACUAUACGAAUGUGCAGAGCAAUGGCGGCGGAGGCACUUCCGCUUAUGCAAAUUCGGCUAAUGGAGAACAGCCUGCUAGGAGGCCGGCUAAUUGGCAUGCGCGACAGUCAAUAGCAAAGUGGCGACAGUGGGCAGGCACAUCUCCUCCAGCUGUUCCAACAACCAUUCCAUCUGUCAACUGGUCAGACAAUUGGUGGCAGCGCAACAAAGUGCGCGUUCAGCAAAAUUGGCGUCAAAAGCAACAGCAGUGGAGCUCCUACGCGCAGACCACGCAAAGGAGCUACAGCAGCUGGACAGAACGUCCACGUCAAUUGUUGCAGGAGCCACCCAGGCACAUAAUUUAUCCAGUGUUUGGAAAACGGCGACGUCGACGUCACGUCGAACUACAACAAAUCAAUGAUGACGCCAUCGAGCGGCUGCAUCUGCGCCAGCAUUUGAUUUCACGCGGACUGCUCUUUGGCAAGAUCGAACGUUUGUACAAAACAAGACAACUCAAUGGCACUUCCUGCAUUCAGCGUGCUCUCUGUGAGUCGGCACAGCGUCAAGAGCAUGGACACAAUCCACAGAGUUUCAUCAUGGAGCUGUUGUCGGCCAUCUUUCAGUUGCCCAGCGGCCUUGAAGGCAUUGAAGCGGACAAACACAUUCCAUCAAUGUAUCUGGAGGCACAUCGGGCGGUUGGCGACUGUCAACAGUUAUUUGGCGAUUGUAAUCAUAAAUUUUGGUUCGAAUAAAACCAAAUAAUAAUUAUGAUGCAGCUUGUUUGUUUUCAUUAUUAUUUACAUUUUUAAUUUAUUCGGACAGGCAGCCACAGGGCGUAGACCUUGUGUGCAAUGGUGUACAUAUUUGGGAUUAGCUUUUAGUGGUUCAAUUUAUUCAGAGUUUGAUGUUGUAUAAUUUAAUUUUGA